AUGAAUACAAAAAAAGCCGCAGAUAAGGAGACUCUUAAGUCUCAAAUGAAAUUGUCGACCGUAAUUAAGAAUUUAGACAAGCGGCAAACAUUUAAUAUUGCACAAGAUAGAAAUCAGAAAAGAAAUUGUUUUUCUCACCUAGCAAGACUAAAAGUGGGAUUGUUGUCAUUCCACCACGUUUCCACUCGUCAAGCGACACACAACCAUCGCAGUCGUAAUCGAUUUCCGUCAUCAUGUCUUGAAGUAUCUACACGGAUGGAUAAAUAUGCGAAUAAGUUGAAUAUGACGUGA